UUGGAAUUUCUCCCGGAUUUCAACCUUUGGAUCCGAGCAUGGAGCGGUGAUGAAUUCCCGGAUUUUCCAGGAGAGGAAGAGGAAGAAAAAAUUCCAGCCUCCAAAUCCCAGGAAUUUCUUUCCAGUUUUUCCUUGGAUGUUCGACGUCGGAGCAGAGAAUUCCAAGCGGGGAAAAAAACCGGGAAUUAUGGAUCCAAUUCCAUGGAUUUGGCUCCUGGUCUCGUUCCCGUUGGCCAAUUCCCAUCCCAAAAUUCCCGGUCCUCGGCCUCGAGCGUUCAGCUCGCUGAGAUUCCUCCGGGAGCCGUCGGACGUGGUGGUGGCGCGAGGCGGCGACGUCCUGCUGGAAUGCGCGGCCGCCAGCGACUCCGGGAAAACGGCGAAAAUCCGAUGGGAAAAAGACGGGGAAUUGUUGGAUUUGGAUGAGGAUGAGAGGAGGCAGCAGCUUCCCAAUGGAUCCCUUUGGAUCCGGAAUGUUCUGCACUCGCGGCAUCAUAAACCGGAUGAGGGCGUUUAUCGGUGUCGCGCGCAGCUGGAAGGGAUCGGAGCGGCCGCCAGCAGAGAGGCCAAAGUGGCCGUGGAGGGUCCUCUCCGUUUCCUUUCCCAACCCGAAUCCGUGACCGUUUUUCCGGGCGAUUCUGUCCUCCUCAAAUGCGAAUUUCAAGGGGAUCCCAUUCCCAAAAUCCGUUGGCAACGGAAUCAGGAAGAUUUUCCCAUCGGGAAUUCCGAUGGAAUCGGGAAUUUUGAAUCCAGGAUCGCUCUCUUACCUUCUGGAACUCUCCAAAUAUCCCGGAUUCGUUUGGGAGAUUCUGGGAAUUAUCGGUGCUUGGUGAAGAAUUCCGGGAAUUCCAGGCUCGGGAAUGAGGUGGAGCUGAGGGUGUUGCAAGAUCCUGGAAUUCCGAGGCCGCCGCUUUUCCUGCGGCGUCCGGCCGACGUCGUCGCCAGGGAAGGUUCGGAUGCGAUUCUGGAAUGUUCCGCCUCGGGAAUUCCGGAGCCGACUUUCACCUGGAUCCGGGGGGAUGACGUCAUUCCAAACAGCUCCAAGAAAUAUUCCCGCCUGGCUUUCAGCAACCUUCGGAUUUCCAACGUCACUUCCCGGGAUUCGGGAAUUUACACCUGCCUGGUGAAUUUCGGCAACGGCGUCGGCAAUGAGAGCGCCUCGGCCGAGCUCUCCGUGCUGGUUCCUCCUUUUUUUUUGCGGCGUCCUUCCGAUGUUUCCGCUCGGGAAAAUUGGGAUGUGGAGUUGGAAUGCGGCGUCUCCGGGAAUCCGAUGCCGACGGUGGAAUGGUUGAAGAACGGGGAAGUCGUAAUUCCGGGAGAUUAUUUUCAGAUUGUGGGAGGCAGCAAUUUAAGGAUCCUGGGAUUGGUGAAGUCGGAUGAGGGAUUUUAUCAAUGCCUGGCCCGGAACGAAGCCGGGAAUUCCCAAUCCAUCGCUCAACUCAUCAUCCUGGAGCCAGAGCCGCCCGACCCCUCCCUGCUGCCCUCAGCGCCUCAGGAGCUGCUGGCCCUGCUCGUCUCCAGCCGCUCCGUCCGUCUGUCCUGGCGCCCCCCAGCUCAACCCCGCGGUGACAUCCGCGCCUACACCGUGCUCUACUCCCGGGAAGGAGCCCGAAGGGAAAGAGCUUUGAACACUUCCCAACCUGGAAUUUCCAUCGGGAAUUUGGAGCCAGAAAAAUCCUACAAAUUCCGAGUUGUGGCUUCCAAUGAUUUCGGAGCCGGAAAAUCUUCAGAAUUCCUGCGGAUUUCCACCCGUCCUGAACUCCAAACCCCCGGUCCUGUGGAAAAUUUCCGAGCGUUCCCGGUUUCUCCCACGGCCAUCCAGGUUUUUUGGGAUCCUCCGGCUUUUUCCGACGCUCCCAUCCAGGGAUUCCGGCUCUUCUGGAAGGAAACGGCCUCGACUUCAACCGAGCAGAGUGUGACAGUGGAGGGCCGCUCGUACCGCCUGGAAGGGCUGAGGAAAUUCACGGAAUAUCGGAUCCGGCUGGUGGCGUUCAACCGGCACGGGGACGGAAGCGGCGGAGCCGAGGAGACCUUGACAACGCUCUCCGAUGUUCCCAGCGCUGCUCCUCGCAACGUUUCCUUGGAAGUGGUGAAUUCCAGGAGCAUCAAGGUGAGCUGGUUGCCUCCUCCUCCUGGAACUCAGAACGGAUUCCUGACCGGAUACAAAAUCCGCCAUCGGAAAACUUCCCGCCGAGGAGAGACGGAAACGUUGGAACCCAACAACCUCUGGUACCUCGUCACAGGUUUGGAAAAGGGAAGCCAUUACAGUUUCCAGGUUGCUGCCAUGACUGUCAACGGAACGGGGCCGCCCUCGGAAUGGAUCGGAGCCGAAACGCCUCAGAACGAUUUGGACGAAUCCCAAGUUCCUGACCAGCCCAGCUCCCUCCACGUUCGUCCUCUGGCCACUGGAAUCGUGAUGAGUUGGACUCCUCCUCUCAAUCCCAACGUUCUCAUCCGGGGAUUCCUCAUCGGUUACGGAGUCGGGAGCCCCUACGCCGACACCGUCAGGGUGGACAGCAGGCAGCGCUUCUACUCCAUCCAAAAUUUGGAGCCCAAUUCCCAUUACGUCAUUUCCCUGAAAGCUUUCAACAACGCCGGAGAGGGAAUCCCGCUCUACGAGAGCGCCACCACCAGGGCUGCAGACCCCUCCGACCCCUCGGAGCUGGAAUUUUUCCCUUCCCUUUUCCCGACCUCAUUCCCAGAUUUUCCGUCUCCUCUCCUCCCUCCCGUUGGAAUCCAGGCUCUUCCCCUUUCCCAGGAUUCCGUCCGAGUUUCCUGGGCCGACAAUUCCGGCCCCAGAAUUCCCAAAUUCCCGGAAAAUUCCCAAAUCCGUUUCUACACCGUUCGUUGGAGGAGCAGCUACCCCGGAAAUUCCAAGUACAAGUCAGCAGACACCACGGCUCUGAGCCACACGGUGCCGGGCCUGAGGGCGAACACCCGAUACGAAUUUUCCGUCAUGGUGACCAAAGGGCGACGUUCCAGCACCUGGAGCAUGACGGCUCACGCCACAACCCACGAGGCAGCUCCAGGUUCUGCUCCCAAGGAUUUGACAGCGAUUUCGAGGGAAGGAAAACCUCGGAAUGUGGUGCUGAGCUGGCAGCCGCCGCUGGAAGCCAACGGGAAAAUCACCGCCUACACUCUGUUCUACUCCCUGGACAAGAACGCUCCUCUGGCCGAGUGGAUCCCGCAGUCGGUCGGAUCCGAGCGCCUUUCCCAUCAAAUCCCGGAUCUCCUCCUGGAUUCCGGAUAUUUUUUCCGCAUCCAAGCUCGGAAUUCCAAAGGUUCCGGUCCCAUCUCGGAUCCCAUUUUCUUCAGGACAGCCAAAGCAGAAAUUCCAGAUAAAAUGCCCAAUGACCAAGGUCGCCAUGGAGACGGAUCCUAUUGGCCCCUGGACAUCGACCGCAGCAGCCUCAAUGAUUCUCCAGUGGGACAAAGGAAUUCAGCUCCAGGCACCGGAAUUCUGCUCCUCAUCCUCGGAAUAUCCGGAGGCGUCUCCGUGGUGGCCGCGGCCGUCGGAGCCUGGAUCUGCUCCCGGAGAAACGAGGAGAGGAAGAGGAAAAGGAAAGGAAGCCAAAAAGAGCCGAGACCUCCGGAUUUAUGGAUCCACCACGAGGAAAUGGAACUGAAAAACCUGGAAAAACCUCGGGAAUCGGAGCCUCCUCCUCCUCCAAAUUCCCAAGAAAUCCCAAAUGAUCCCAAAACUUCGGAAUCGCAGCCGGCUCCAAAAAAUCUUCCCCAGGCAGCUCCGGAGCCAGACGAGGUCGGAAGCGGCGGCUCCACCUUGGAACGUUCCGGAAUUUCUCGCAGAGCCAAACUCCUGAUCCCGAUGAAUUCCCAAACUUCUGGAGCAGCCGUGGUCAGCGCCAUUCCCGUUCCAACCUUGGAGAGUUCCCAAUAUCCCGGGAUUUUACCGUCUCCCACCGGAUUCCCGAAUUUCCCUCUCAGGCCUCUGCCCUUCCCAAGCCUUGUUGGAAGAGCUCUUCCCGAAAAUCCGACUCCAGAUCAUCCCAAUCCCGAGGAAAUUCCCAGCAGGACGAUUCCGACCGCCUGCGUCCGUCCCACUCAUCCCCUGCGCAGUUUCGCCAAUCCCAUGGAUCCCAAAAUUCCCUACACGCCCCUGCUGGCCCAACCUUUUCCCGCUUUUCCAGCCCCUCUGAAGACGGCGUCCCUGGGAUUCCCGGGAAAAGCUCGAUCCCCUCUGCUCCCAGUCUCCGUUCCCACGGCUCCGGAAUGCGCCGAGGAUUCCCAGGAUUCCCAGAAUUCCCAGAAUUCCCAGGAUUCCGGAAAUAUUUAUGAACAGGACGAGCUGAGCGAGCAAAUGGCGAGUCUGGAAGGGCUGAUGAAACAACUCAACGCCAUCACAGGAUCCGCCUUUUAA